CGCGGCCGCCGGAGCAGCUCCCGCGGCGGAGCCGGAGCCGGAUGGUCAGAGGAGCCCGGCAGUCCCAGCAGCCGCGGAGUCGCCUGGCCCCCAGACUGACUGGCACAGUGGAGAAACCGCCUCGAAAACGGAAAAGCAGUUUCAGUCUGCUGUUUUUCUGGGAAGACAAAUGAUAUGUUCAGGAUCCUGCUUCUGAUAAUGAAUAAACUUUCCAAUCCUGUCCUUUUUGAAACUGUGCCAUGCUAGCAUAAUAUAUACUUUGCAGUUGUAUCCUCUCCACUGGAUUAUAAACCAGCAGGACUGAAUUUGCACUUAAAGAAAUCAUGUCCUCUGGAGGUGCUGAAGAUGACAUCCCCCAGGGAGAGAGGAAAACUGUGACAGAUUUCUGUUAUCUUCUGGAUAAAUCUAAGCAGCUGUUCAAUGGGCUAAGGGAUUUGCCACAAUAUGGGCAGAAGCAGUGGCAGUCCUAUUUUGGAAGAACUUUUGAUGUUUACACCAAACUCUGGAAGUUCCAGCAGCAGCAUCGACAAGUCUUGGAUAAUCGAUAUGGCUUGAAGCGGUGGCAAAUAGGGGAAAUUGCUUCUAAGAUUGGGCAGCUAUACUACCAUUAUUACCUACGCACAUCUGAGACCAGCUACCUGAAUGAGGCGUUCUCAUUCUAUUCCGCAAUCAGACAGAGGUCAUAUUAUUCCCAAGUCAAUAAGGAGGACAGACCUGAGUUAGUAGUCAAGAAACUACGAUACUACGCAAGAUUUAUAGUAGUUUGUCUUCUUCUCAACAAAAUGGAUGUUGUGAAGGAUCUGGUAAAGGAAUUGUCAGAUGAAAUUGAGGAUUAUACUCACCGUUUCAAUACUGAAGAUCAAGUGGAAUGGAACCUGGUGCUUCAAGAAGUAGCAGCUUUCAUUGAGGCUGAUCCUGUAAUGGUAUUAAAUGAUGAUAAUACUAUUGUCAUCACAUCAAAUCGCCUCGCCGAGACAGGAGCCCCGUUGCUGGAACAGGGCAUGAUUGUGGGACAGUUGUCUCUGGCCGAUGCACUCAUUAUUGGUAAUUGUAACAACCAGGUGAAGUUCAGUGAACUAACUGUAGACAUGUUCCGGAUGUUACAAGCCCUGGAAAGGGAGCCAAUGAAUUUAGCUUCCCAGAUGAAUAAGCCAGGGAUGCAGGAAUCUGCUGACAAGCCUACAAGACGAGAAAACCCUCACAAGUAUCUGCUCUACAAACCAACCUUCAGCCAGUUGUACACAUUCUUAGCAGCCUCUUUUAAGGAGCUGCCUGCCAAUAGUGUGCUUCUGAUUUACCUGUCAGCCACUGGCGUUUUCCCCACAGGUCGUUCUGAUAGUGAAGGUCCUUAUGAUUUUGGAGGGGUACUAACUAAUAGUAACCGGGAUAUUAUCAAUGGAGAUGCUAUCCACAAACGAAAUCAGUCCCACAAGGAAAUGCACUGCCUCCAUCCUGGGGAUCUCUACCCUUUCACAAGGAAGCCCCUGUUUAUCAUUGUGGACUCAUCCAACAGCGUCGCUUAUAAGAAUUUCACAAACUUAUUUGGACAGCCACUAGUCUGCUUGCUUUCUCCUACAGCAUAUCCAAAAGCUUUGCAAGAUCAAUCUCAAAGAGGCAGCCUCUUCACUCUCUUUUUGAACAAUCCGCUAAUGGCCUUCCUAUUUGUCUCUGGAUUGUCAAGCAUGCGUAGAGGCCUAUGGGAAAAGUGCCAAGACUAUCUUCGAAAAAUCAACCGUGAUAUUGCGCAGCUACUGACCCAUUCCCGUUCAAUAGAUCAGGCAUUUCUCCAGUUUUUUGGGGAUGAAUUUCUUCGCUUGCUUCUCACAAGAUUUAUCUUUUGUUCAGCCACCAUGAGGAUGCACAAGAUUUUUCGGGAAACACGAAAUUACCCAGAAUCCUAUCCACAACUGCCAAGGGAUGAAACAGUGGAGAAUCCUCAUCUACAGAAGCAUAUUUUGGAAUUGGCGUCCAUCCUGGAUGUGCGAAAUGUGUUCCUUGAGAAUGCCAUAGAUGACUAUUGAAACUCGCAUCCUCUUGUUUAAACAGUUUUUCAUUUGCCACAGAUUAUAAAUGGUGCCGUUUUCUAAUGUGAUGACAGACACAUAGUGGUGUUACUUAGUUUUUAUUUUUUAAUUUAAGACCACCAUUUUAAAAACAAACUGAAAAAAUAAAUGCUCACACUUUUAGGAUAACUGUUUUAAAAAUACAGUAUUUCAGGUCUUUUAAAAAAUAACUCAAUCUUGGAAUUUUUAUUUUUUGGUUUUGAGGUAUGGAUUACUUCCAACAUUAAUCCUACACUCAAAAUAAUCACUAUUCUCACCCUGAGAAGAGUAAAUCAUUUAUUUUUGUAUAAAGAGGAAAAUCCAGCUCUUGUACUUGGACCUUAAAUGUGUGGAUUUGGAAAAAAAUGUAAUUGUUUGCAAAGAUGACCCUAGACAGCAUGGACUACUAAGAUCAAGAACAGUCUUUCCAUAGUUUUUUCUUUUUCAUUCCAAGAAAGUAGACAGAACGUUGUGUGAUUCCUUGAAGCAUAAUCAAGACAGUUCUUGAGAUCAUUUUCCUUCAUUUAUAACACUGUCAACAUAUCAGAAACUGUACGGAACUCAUUUUGAGAACCUGAAAGCUAAUUUUUUUCAUUGGGGCCUUGAGAUGAUAAAUUUAAUUUGGAGUGUGGGAGUCGUGUGUUAUCAUGAGAUAACAUUGGCAUAUUCUCUUUCUCUGUAGUCUGUGAAUGCUGGAAAUAUGAAAGAACGGCUUUUAAAUAUCACAGCUGAAAAAUCAGAUGGUUGGUUUCAUAGUAUAAUCAGUGUUUCCUAG